AUGCCCACGUGCACCUCGGUUGCUCACUCCUUUCUGGCUGAUGGUCAUCUUGGCAAGGCUGGUGGGGGCGGGCCGCUACUCCGAGCACUGCUGCUAGGCGCCGUUCGAAAAGCGCACAAGAGGACGAGGGACGCGGAGGAGAUGCGAAGGGACCGUGACAGAGCCGUCGAGGAGAAGGUUAGGGUGCAGGAACUGCUGGAUUCCACCCUAGGGAACAAGGAAAAGACUAUCUCCAGCAUCCUGGAGCGAGCAGCCCUUGUCAUAAAUGCGAAGAAAACACGCAUCACGACUCUCGAGUUCGAAAUUCAGCAACUGGAGCAGAGCGGCAGGGGCGAUUCAGAGGGAGGCGAAGACGCAUCCUCCGGUAACGACAGCAACGAUGACGACGAGUACAGAGACGAAAGCAAGGGUGGUCGGGAGGGGGACGACGAUCCUGGUGACGAGGGUACCCCUCCCCCCGGAACCGGUAAGGGCAAGGCCAAGGGAAAAGGCAAGGCGGAAAAUGCUCAACCUCGAGCCGGCGUAACUCCUGCGACCGCUUCCUCGAAACCGAGCGACAAGGAUGCAGGAAGGGUAACCACAGGAGGGGGACAAAAGUGGGGGGGUGGGUCUCCUACCGGAAAGGGCGGCGGUGCUGGUCGAGGUGGGAUCAAUGUGAAGGUCAAGACGGAGCCUGGGUUUAUGGGGGCCGGGGGAGGUGCUCUCGCGGUGCCGCUUGGAACACAGGAAGUAUCGGGUGAGGACCUCUCGAAAGUGGUGGACGCCAAAAUCAAGCUAGAGGGAAACGACGGUCGUGACGGCAGCGGGGCCAACCGAAAGCGCUCCCGGCCGCAAGGCUCGGUGUCACCGUCUCCGAACGAGCCGGGAUUUCGCGACCCAGACGCCGCUGGCGGCGACAGCGGCAGCGGUGGUAGGAGUGGUGGUGCCCGUGAAGCGGCCAUGUACCUCGGAAGUGAUGACGACGAAGGCAUAGACGAACACCGGACACUCGCGAAAUCUCGGAGGAGAAGGGUUCGGAAGAAACCUGCUGCAUCGACCGCUAUUGCCGAAGGAGGCAGGGGCGGUGAUGGCAACCACGGCUCAAGAGAAGCGGCGGCGGCGGUGCCAGCGGAUAGCCGGCCGACACAGACCACAUUUGCAUGGACCGAUAUGCUGGUUGACGACGACAACUCGGACGACUUGGACGGCAUGCGCUAAGCAAGCCCCAUAGGCACGUGCAAGACAGAAUGUUCACGCUUGCUGCCAGUAGGUGUAUUGCGCGAGUUGAAUCGAAUCGUUUAUCGUGGAGGAGUCCGAAAAGCCGAAGCCGCUUUACUUGCUGAUGUAUUAUGAACAUGCUUCGGCAUUGUCCUCGCGUUUAUAGUCAAUUCAGUGACGGCGCGUGGAUUGUGUUCGUCAUGAUAUGUGUCGGUGGUGUGUAACGUGACCGGAAGAAAGGCUACGUCUGUAGCCUCCGCGUUCUGGGAUUGGCCUCACUUUUGUUUUUCCGUCUCCAUGUCUCUACAGGAUUCGAGAAUUUGUCUGGGUGGCUGCUUUCCUUGCCAUCCCGUGGAUACUAACGCCAUCGUCGUGCCUGGACUAUAGUACGUUUCUGUAUCGUUUAAUACCGUCUGAGUAUCUGUCUGCAUCUUGAGUUGGCCGGAAGCGCCAUGUUUUGGC